UUGAUGCAUCGCUGUUGUUACUGCUCUUUGUAUACGUGACUCGUGAAUAAUAGUUUAGAAACAGAGUAUAUAUACAUAAUACAUUGCAUUGGACUGCAUUAAUCAAGCAAUCCAUAUGAAUUAAUAGUCUUAUUUUUCAUAAUGGGAAAUCAUGUCACUCGGCAUAACAAUGGAUUGGCAAAAAAGCAUAUGCUUUCGCCAGCAAACAAUCAACCUACUACACCAUUAAGUCGAAAUGCUUCGGCUAGUGAAAUUGAACAAAAUUUUGUCACACAUUUCAAACCUAUUGACAAACUAACCAAAAUUUUGGCAGAAAGGACACAACAUGAAGACGACUCUCACGGGAUUUCAGAAAAAGUGUUUGUUAAAUAUCUAUUUCCACAUUACUCCAAUUUGGGGUCACGACUGUUUAAAUAUCUUCAUGCUGCGUCUAAAGCAUCAUCAAAACAUUUAGGAACUUCGGCAUUUAAACAACAAAUUGAGAAGCUUUUAUCUAUUAUGAAUGAUCAAACUAUUUUAGAUGUGUAUGUAAAAAUGUUCUCUACUACUUCUAAAGAGGAUGGUGAUAUUACUUCUGGUGCUUUUAAAGAGUUGUUAAUGACUUCGUAUCAAUUAGCUACUGAUUGUGGGCCUAAUUCAUGUAUAUUUGUUCAUGACACUAUUGAAGCUGUUGUUUCAUCUUGUUUUCACGGAAAAGAAUGUCUUUCAACAAAUUUCAUAAGUAAUUGGUUAUGGUCGAAUUGUCCAAGAAUAGUCUACGGGGUGCAUCGAUACAUAAUUCAUGUAUUUUCGACUGCAUACAGAAAUGGCCAAGCUCUUUUAUCAACUGAAGAAUUACAGCCCCAUAUAGAACCAGUUACCCCAGUUCUAGAAAAGGCAAUUUCUUUCGAAAAACCUGAGACUUUGUUACCUUUAAGUCAUGUAUGGUUAUUGUCUAUUACUUUACCAUUUUGUUAUAUUCAGGCAGAAGAUUUGCAGGCAGACGAAUCUUCAAGUGCAUUAAAAAUGUCUAGAACUCCUUGUCCUAGUCAUUGGACUUUAUUAUACAAUAGUGAUGAACAUGGGACUGGAGCCAAUCGUUUUCUUCAUCACAUACUUGGAUAUCGAGGUCCAACAAUAGUAUUUAUUCAAGGAGAUAGUGGGAAUAAUGAAUUCGCCACUUAUUGUAUAUGCAGUGCUAUAGAAUGGCGUGAAUCCCACCUUUAUUGGGGUAAUGAAGACUCAGUUAUUAUUGAACUAAAGCCAUUAUACAGACUUGUUGAGAAAGGACCGAAACUUUUGUACUUAAAUACAAGUAUUAGAGGAUAUCCUCAGGGUCUUCGUGCAGGGAAAGAUACGCGAAAUCCUUUUAUAAAUAUUGAUCAAGCGUUUAACUCUGUGAGUUUUGGAGGUGCUCCUCAUAAGCUAGUGAGCAUUGUUGUUUGGGGCUGUGGUGAUGUAAAAUCACGUGAGCAACAGUUAGAAAUAAAGAAAUGGCAAGUUAAAGAAGCAGAAAAACAACGAGUUGUGAAAUUAAGUACAGCUGACUGGUUAGAUCAUCCAGAUCGUUACUUAUUAGAACUAGCGGGUAGGCCAUCGUACAAUAAUGGAGGUAGUUGAAUUAAUAGCUGAAUAUAGUUUGUUUAUAUGUACAUAAGUAUUUUAUGCAAUUAUUUUUCAACAAUCAUUGGCUAUUUUUGAGAAGAGUUAAUCGAAUAAUAAUUGAUGAUAUUAGUAACAAAAAUUUAUUCAGAAAAUUAUGAUAUUUUUAUUAUUGCUAGAUGUAUUUAUAAAAUUUACAA